AUGGAGCCUGGACCGAUCAAAGAGUCGGAGGAGACUUUCUCAGAAGCUCUUCUGGCUCAGCUCCUGAAGGAUGUUCAUGCGGCGCUUGCACUGCAGGAUAAAGAGCUCAUCCAGUGGCCGGCGGAUGAGAAGGGUCAGAAGCGCAUCCCAACGGCUUUGGGGGCGAAGCUGAAUCGUGCCCUUCUGCUUCCGAUUGUGGGCCGUGCCUUGCAGCAUCAUGCUUUGCUCUAUGUGAACAUCUUGGAGAUGCUGCUGAAAAAGUUUCGUGUUGAGACGAAGGCCCAGCACCUCAAGGUGGACAAGACAGAGGUCAAGAUUGAUGCUACGUCUGUGAACCCGGAUGCGCAUGCCAUCAAGGCGUUUGUCAACUGCCAUCGCCGACUGGCUGAUCGUUCGGACACCCAGCGAGAUGCUGAUGUGCAGAAGCUUACAGCACCUCAGCUGGACAUGUGCCGGUAUGUGGCGCGCCAGAUGGAGAACAACGAGGUGCCAUAUGUGGUGAAGAUGGUGCGUGGCCGGGAUCCGAAUUCUGUGGACAUCGCUUUCCGAACGGAGCCGAUUUGGAGGACCAAGUCGUACAAGCAGAAGGCUGGGGCAGCGGACCCUGAUGCAUUGCAGGAUGCUCCGAUGGAAGAGGUGAGCCAACAUGUUCCAGAUGCGCAGGAGUAUGUCAUGCCGGAUUCCUUCCCGGAAGAUAUGUUGUAUGAGCCACGGCCGGUUGCAGAUGCAGCAGGGUCCAGCACUGAUGGCCCUCCGGACCCUUUGGAUGCAGCCAUGCCGAAUUUCGACCCGUUUGCCAUGCCGAUUGAAGAGGAGCUUUUGGAUGCAGGCAUGCAUGGCUCUGGACAUGCAGCCAUGCCGAUUGCGGAUGGCCCAGCGAUUGAAUCCAUGGUUGCGGAUGUUCCGACUGCAGCUGGCCCAUCGGUUGAAGCUGUGAUGGAUGGGAUCCCACCAGAGCAUGAGACAAUGCAGGAGAGAUACAAUCGCCUCGCGGACACGUAUGGUGAAUCGGCUGCCCUUGCUUUGACUGGCAUGGUGCAGGAAGGCUGGCAUUAUGAUCCAGUUGCCCAGCAGUGGUCCCAGCUCCAUGGGUUCGUGAGCCCACUCAUGCCUGCCAGAGCCCCUGAUGCUCCAGUGGCAGAGACUUUGCAGGACUCGGAGGUUCCGGCCAUGUGUGUUCCUGGUGAGCGUGCCUUUGGCUUGGAUGAUCGAUUGUUUGAGACGCUGAGCAUCUCAUCGGGUCUGCCCUCUCCGAAGGGCAUCGGGAACAAUGAUGUUCAGGAGACUUUGGCUGAUCAGCCUAUGGAGGCAGCUGAGGGCAGCCCAGUCGGCAAUGAGUCUGUGGAAGAGGCGAAGAUGUUUCUUUUGCAGAAGCUGCACAUGCAGCGUGAGAGGAUCAUGGCUGGAAGCAUGCCAGACAAUGUGGAGACAUGCCCCAUGGCCCCUGAUGUUGCCAGUGAUGCUUUGGAGAAGCAGCGGCUGUUCAAUGGCUCCUCUCGUGAGGCCUUCCCGAGCCAGAUCAAGAUUAACGACACGCCCGAUGGCCAUAACGAGACUCUUGGCUUGCACAAUCCUGAUCGGCGCCAGGAGCUGCUGGCAAGUGGGCCAAGUCAGGACUUGUUGGCAAGUGGGCCGCAGGAGGAUCUGUUCGCAAGUGGGCCGCAGGAGGAUCUGUUGGCAAGUGGGCCACAGGAGGAUCUGUUGGCAAGUGGGCCACAGGAGGAUCUGGCAAGUGGGCCGCAGGAGGAUCUGGCAAGUGGGCUGCAGGAGGAUCUGUCGGCAGAAGGGCCGCAGGAGGAUCUGUCGGCAAAUGGGCCGCCUGAGGCACAGGAUGAUGACAUGCAUCAGGGUCUUGAGUCAUGUGGGCCAGAGUUGCCACCAGCUGCCCCGCCGUGUGAGCCUACAGAGGCUAUGGAUCCGGAAGAUGUGCUAGAUGUGCACAGCCAGGAGGAAGUGAUGGCACAUGACAUGCAAGUGGAAUUGCGAAAGAAGAGGCAGCUGGAACUCAAGCGACGCCGUGAGAACGAUGCUGCUGUGAAUGGUCAGGCCAAGAAGCCGAAGGCGACUGCAGCUAAGAGGAUCAUGAAGCGCCCGGCUGCAAAGCAGGCUGCUCCGGAAGAGCUUCCUGAGGAUGGCUUGGCAGCGGGUGUGGCAGAGAUUGCGGGGCCCUCUGCUGCUGGGGAUGGCGUGGCAGCGGCUGCGGCAGAGAUGGUGGAGCCACCUGUGGCUGAGGCAGAGAUGGCGCCACCGGCUGCUGAGGAUGCGGGAGUGGAGCCUGAGCCGAAGGCUAAGGGGCGUGGCCGUGGCCGUGGUGGACGUGGGGGUCGCAAAGGACGGAUGAUCCAAGAGGCUCCGGAGGCGAAUGAUGAGGUAUCGGCUGCUGAGCCAAAGGCCAAGGCCAAGCGACGUGGCCGUGGUCCGGAGGCGAAUGAUGAGGUAUCGGCUGCUGAGCCAAAGGCCAAGGCCAAGGGACGUGGCCGUGGUCCGGAGACGGAUGAUGAGGCAUCGCCUGCUGAGCCAGAGGCCAAGGGCAAGGGACGUGGGCGUGGGCGCGGUGGCAGGAAGCCACAGGAUGCAGAGCCUCGUGGCCGUGGUCGUGGAGCUGCACAGCGUGUUGCGGACAAUGAUGUGCCAGCAGAGGAGGAGGAGAAGCUGGUUCAGCAAGGUGCGAAUUACCGUCUCGAGCUGUACUGGACGCGAGGUUCCAUCGGUGUUCGGCAGAAGAAUGGGCCCCAGGUUUGGAGCAUGACAUUCGGGAACAUGAAAGUCGGCAUCCUCGUGGCCAAUGAGGUGGUCACAUUGUGUGACAGAGAUGUGAACAUCAAUGCUGUGGAAGUGCGCGAGAAGAUCAUGGAGUAUCGUGCAGAGCUGGAGGCUAGGCAUGGUGCGAGGUGGCCAUGA